AUGGCGCAAGAAGCUGGCCCGGUGGGAGCAUUUCCGCCUCCGCCGGGGCGGGUACCGAAUUUCGCGCAGCCGGAGGAUCUUGGGAGAACGAAUCUUGUGGUCGGUCUAGCUGUGAUGGCAGGAUUGACGACAAUCAUGUUCGGUCUGCGAAGCUAUUCCAAGACGGCGCUCAACACUCACUGGUACACGGAAGAUUGGACGUGCUUGGCAGCAUAUGGCCUGUGGAUGUGCUAUAUCAGCACUGUUCUUGUCAUGGCGCACUACGGAGAAGGCUACCACGAAUGGGAAGUAACGAAAGAAGCAUACAAAGAGGUCCUGCAGGUAGGUCGCAACUCUGUGGAAACAAGCUGCCUAAUACCAUUCGUGGCUAAGCAUUGCCAGUGGCUUUAUAUCGGUUCCAUUCUCUACUGCCCAGCAGCCUACUUAACGAAGGCCACGCUUCUUCUCCUAGAAGCACGAGUAUUCGCAGUUUACGAAAGGGUAUCUAGAGGUGUUUUCACCUUUAUAUACGUGCUUUUGUUCUGCUAUAUACCAAUAAUGAUGCUGAAGGUUUUGGUUUGUAUACCAGUCGCUGCCACAUGGGAUUCCGAUAUCAAGCCAGCAAACUGUUUGAACCAGCGGAAGGUGUUUAUAUCCGACAUGUGCUUGGGCGUCUUUACCGACAUCAUCAUCUUGCUGGUCCCUCUCGCCAUGAUGUUUUCCCUUCGACUACCCUUUUGGACAAAAGUCAAAGUGGUGGCUCUGCUCAGUGCUGGCGGAAUUGCCACUGGGGUAUCCAUCUUCCGUCUUUAUAAGUCCAUUCUAUUCCUUGAGCCUUCAGAUAGAACGGAGGGUUUCGUUCUGCUAGACAUCACCACAGCGCUGGAGCUAGCAAUCGGACUUAUCUGUGCUUGUUUGCCAACAAUCAACUUGUUGAUCCAAAGGAAGCUCGAUAUGCAAGAAUUUUCACCGAACCGGCCACGGACGGGCCGCAAGGGUGCUCGAAAACGAGGACGGACCUUACUCUAUUGGUCAUUCGGAACGCCGCGAACAGCAAAUAGCCUGUCGUCGAGGGGAAGAUCCUUGAAGACUCAACGCGACACCCUGACAUAUCCUUCAACUUUGUCUAGAACUAAUUCGGAUGACAUGUGGGGCUACAAUCCGAGAGCAACGUCGAUUGAUGGUCGUCGUGAGGGCUGGUUACAGCAGGUACAAGGGAUCAAACAACAGUACGAUCUAGAGGCAUUCCCUAUGCAAGCCGGUCCAAUCAGGGAAGUUCAGAAGGAUUGGGACAAUGCUUGGAAUCAAAGGUCGCCUCCAAAUCAAGAACCAAGCAUUGAAGAAAUCAAGGUUGGCAAGGUCCUAGUGAGAGACAGGUCACGUUGA